AUGUCAUGGAUCACGAGAAGAUCGGAGCUUCAUACGCAUGACUGGGGCUUGCUCGAGCUUUCACCACGACCCAGCGAAGCAUUCAAAAUUUCGAAGCCAUUCAAGGUUCCUCAUUCGAAUAACUUUUAUUCUCUCACCUCUAACAAUGGGCCCAAUCGGCAAGCAAAUAGGUGGCACCUCACGAAUGAGGAUGACAUCCGCCAAUGGUUAGAUGUGAGCAAUCCCUGCUCUAUUAACCGAUACUUGCUGAAACCCUUCGAGAGCAUCGACCCCGUUGGACAACACAAGGAAGCUUCAUGCAUAGACUUGAUCAUGGCCUCAAAAACCGACUCACUUGAUGAGCUCCCGUUCACUCAGACGGGAUUCGAGACGAUAAUGAACAAGCUCAAGGUUCAUGGGUCUAUCGUGAGAGCUAUCAACCGCAAUACAAGCUGCGCUUUCGUUACUAUCCCAUUUACAUGGAAGUUUACGAAUGCGGCCAUCCCUUCUAUUAUAUACAAUUGCCGAACCUCCGCUUCUUGGGAUGGGGAUAUGGCCCUCUCUGUGACAUUCUUUCCCGGAACCCUGACAACUAACGCCGUUUGGUAUGGAUGUGAUCUGUCCAAGCGCAAGUUUCACGGAGAUCUGAUCACAGACUCUGAGCUGAUUUGUGGUCAACUGGAAAACUUUGACGGAGACGUACUGCACCCCAUGAUUCUUCCAGUGGUAUUCGCAGGAUUCGAGAGGGAGAGGCACAUCGGUACAGUGAGGAAGUGUCUGACGCAGUUUGUUCAGCGGAUUCAUGACCUAGCCUCCCCGGACCUACAAGCAUUGGAAAAGGGCGAAAUCUCUUCGAACAACAAGGAGAGUAAGUCCAGAUAUGGCUUGCCAUUGGCCAAGCAAGGAUGCUUAGCGUCGUACUUUCGACUGGUAUCAAGACUCAUUCACUCAACAGCUGCCAAGACUGUUCCCCCGCCAAAGAUGCACUCACAUCAGACAGAGGAAGAGCAAGAGCCUGCCGUGCUUUUGUGGCAAAACAUUAGCUUUCUGAGAAUUGGGCUCCAGAACUGGCAGACCCAACUCGGCAAGAUGAUUGAUCAAAUUCAUCAACUCAACGAUACUGAUUAUGGCGUUCAACUUGCCGACAAAGACCCCAAGAACCAGAGCAGAUCUAUUUGCCUCCGAGAGGUGGGUGAUAGACUGGAGGCAAGGAUUCAGGACCUCGUUGAGGAAUAUGACGAGUACAUCAGACAAUGUACACACAUUGUGGAUGGCCUGACUUUGGCAACACAGCUGGAACUGAACAACAUUGGCCGCAAAGACGCAAGAACCAACCAGAAAAUCUCUCGCGUGAGUCUGGAGGUUGCGCAAAUGACUCGCCUUGACGGUGGUCUGAUGAAGUCCAUUGCAAUGCUGGGCAUGGUUUUCCUUCCUGCAACCUUUGUCUCUACGUUCUUCUCCAUGGGCUUUUUUCAGUGGACUGGUGAAGGCGGCGAGCGAAAUGAGAUAUUGUCGCCCUAUUUCUGGAUCUAUGUCGUUGUCGCUAUUGGCUUGACCAUCUUUACUAUGUCCAUCUUUUAUAUCUGCACCUUGAGAGCAACCUUGUCCAUAGUCGGUGAUGAUCGAGAUCUUGCUUGA